UUUAUUUUGAAGGUCCUGAACCAGAAGUAGCUGUGAUGCUAACAGUUAGCAUCACGCAGAGCUCGUCUCCUCCGUGGCAUCUUCGUCUCCCUGAAGGCGGCUGAUGUGCGACUUCCUCCCGGCGGCUGAACCAGAGGAUGUCCGGGCCUGGUUCGUGUUAACGUGAAGACAAAGACACAGGACACAUCGACAUCUGUAAGCCCCCGUCACCUGAACAGAGGGUGGAAUGAGGAUGUUUGCUGUUGACUGAAAUCCACCCAGAGAAACAAAAUGAAGCAGAAGCUGCUUCGUGGUUUCCUUUCGGAAAUUUCUAUCCGAAUAGCGUUGUUAGUGGUGUUCCUUGUGACGGAGCAGCUUCCUCCUUUCUUCCGUGAGAUCCAGCCUGAGGAGAUGUGGUUGUAUAAAUUCCAUCGUGUGGAGAAUGACCACGUUCCCACCUCACUCAUGUUUAGUGUGGCAGUUUUCACCCCACUGAUUGUCAUCGUGGUUUUCACCUUCAUGAGGAAGUCGGAGCGAGGAGAUCUGAAAGAAGCCUCGCUGGCUGUGACUCUGACUCUGGUGCUGAAUGGAGUUUUCACCAACGUCAUCAAACUUGUUGUUGGCAGGCCACGACCAGAUUUCUUCUACCGCUGUUUCCCAGAUGGUCAGAUGAACCUGGAGCUGCACUGCACCGGUGACCCAGAUACCGUCAUAGAGGGCAGGAAGAGCUUUCCCAGCGGGCAUUCCUCCUUUGCCUUCGCAGGUUUGGGUUUCACAGCAUUGUACAUCGCAGGAAAGCUGCGCUGCUUCAACGCAGUGGGCCAAGGCAGAGCGUGGCGGCUGUGUGCCUUCCUCAUGCCUUUGCUCAUUGCGACUGUGAUCGCCCUUUCCAGAACCUGCGACUACAAACACCACUGGCAAGAUGUGUUAGUGGGUUCUCUGCUUGGUCUCGUCUUCGCCUGGCUGUGUUACAGACAGCACUACCCUCCACUUCAGGACCCAGACUGCCACAGACCACUGCGUCACAGAGAGAUGGUUCCCGCUGCACAGGAGCGCAAGCUGGCCAACUCCAACUAUAUCCUGCCCCUGUAGAGCAGCUGUACCUGGAGAAUUCUCUUUGCAGGUGUAAUCUAUACUGGGGUACAUGGUAAAUCAUUCAACUCUGGUUUUUACACCCUGGAGGCCAGGCAGUAAAUCAGUAUUUAUUGUUAGUUGUCGAUCAUUGUAAAUAUAUGGUGGCAAUUUUCUUUUUGUGAGGUGACAUAUGGUUGGUACGUUUUCCAAACUGAAUUUACAAACUAAUUUCUCUCUAGUUGUUUCUGAGACACAUGAGUUGCGGAAAAUAGCGACUAAUUUUUAACAGUCGCGUGUGAUGGACGUGAACUACACAGGCAGCCUGGAGUGUGUGUUUCCAAACCCUAUAAUGAUGUCAAUACCUUCUGGAUGUUUUGGUACAGGAGGUCUUCUGGUUGUCAUGACAUUGUUUUCCAUAUGGCUCAGCCCCACACACACACACCCUGUGUAUUGUGCCUAUGGAUGACCUUAAAUACUCCCAACAGUUGAGCAAGUCAACGACACAACCACUGCACUAAUCGUCCACUGCCCAUCAGACUCUGGCUCAGCUGCUGUGACACAGUCUCUCAUGUAGGGUCACUAUUUUGAGAUUUUUUUGUAAACUUGCAACUUUCUAAUCAAGCAGGGUUGAGGUUAAAGGGAAACGCCUGUAUAUAUACGUAUAUAUCUGGUAGUUUGAUUUCUCUGCAUGGAUGUUCAUUCUUUACCUUGCAUCUAUAUAUGAUGAGUGUAAUGCAAGUUCAAAUAUCAUGUUUUCAACAGCGGCUCCUGGUGUCGAAGCUGGCUCAGGUGUCAUUACGUGACCUAAAUGUGAAACGGCUCCGCAAGACACUGAGUGCAAGAGUCGAGACUCUUGAGCAGAGGAUAUAAUUUCUCUCUAGACACCAGAGCAGCCACAGCAUUGAUUGACAUUGACCACGAGUCAGCGUAUGGCAGGAGAAAAGUGAAGGAGGUCAUAUGAGACCAAAACUAAAAAGUUUCUCAGCCCUCAUCGAGAGUCAGGCUUGAAAAUCAAAAGCCUUGCUCGAGGGCACCUCUGUGAUAGUAAUGAGGCAGAGAUAGGCACACACUCAUUCAUCCUGCCUGUUCAGGAAUCUAACCUGUAGCUACCCAGUCACAAGUCCACCUCUCAUACCUGUAGAGAUGGAUAGCAACCAACCGUCAUGACGUGACCAAACCUUCACAUUUGAUGUCACAUGACGACACGACAAAAGAGAGUGAGAUGUGACGAGAAGCUGCAAAAUUACUGGACCUAAUUUGAACAGGGGAAGCACAAAUGUUGAUGUUGGAUGUUCGUAUCUGAGAGGGGUGGGUGACAUGGAUAAAAAUGAGUCAUGGUAUAUGUGACUGUAUAUCUUGAUAUAUUGCAGUGAUAUUUUAUUUUCUGAAAGAUUAUGACAGGAAUGUUUUUGUUGAGUUAAACACUGCAAUAUAGUGAUUUAUGGCAAUGUCAAUAAUUGACUCACACAAGCGGAACUAUGAAGGAAGAAAGAUUACAGUAUUCUAUGUUUUUCUUAUUGUCAACAAAUUCCCUUGAUUAGACCCAAACCAACAAUGUGUAUCUGUCUCAAAAUACUUUCACUCCUACUGACACUGUAAAGGCUGCAGUUAGAAACAAUCAUGAAAUUAAAGAAUAACAUUUUUAAAUAAGCUAAAUAAUUUUAGAAUGAGCCAAAUCAUGUCAAGUAUUUUGAAGAAUAAUGCCACAGAAGAAUCAACUACGAUGACAGAUUCUGUAUUUUAUGAGCUUUGUUGACAAUAAGAAAAUGUAGCGUAUGCUCAAAUCUCUGUGGAAACCUUUUUUUUUUUUAAAUGUAUCACAAGAUAUAUUGUCUCGUCACCCACCCUUAUCUGACAGUAAUUACAUCCGUUGUAUUUAAAGGCAAAAAAUAACUUCCCUGCACCUUUGGUCUCUGCAGUUACUUUCUACUGCCUCGUUCUCCGUGCCGUAAAUCUCUCUGUCUUCCUUUGAUACAUUUGAAUGUUUCCACUCACAGAUGUUUAGAUUCACAUCUGGAUAAGGCUUGAGUAAAACCUCCCAGUGUAGCAGAUCCACUCAACUCUUGGUAUUUUAACUAUUGUAUGACACAUUAUCAUUUCCUUGUUCUAACUGCACAUCACAUCUGCUGAUAUCGACGUUCACAUGACCCUAAAACACCUGUAACACAAAUGUGUUCCUGCAUCAGUGGAUCUCAGGGUGACUGUAGGUCUUCUGUUUGUCACUGCACACUCCUCUGGCUCCUCUGCCAGCAGAUCUAAUGUGAGGAAGAGAGAUGAAGGUGCACAGGGGUUGGGUUUGUUGUUAUCACAGGGGAACCUGAUCCUUGCUAUGAACCUGAGUGGGGUCGGACUCUAACCUCUCCAGGUGAUGGUGCUAGCUUCCCAGUUCUCUUGCCGGCCAGGUUUUCUAUCCCAUCAAUAGCUUUGCUAGCACAUGGAGAUUUUUUUUUAUUUUCCUCUGGCCGUUUUCAUCAACUUUCAUUCCAGUCAUUAGAGUAAUUUAUAUUUCGAUUUUUACUUAAUUAUGGGAAAUUGUUGAUUUACGUAGAGACGACGCACAUUUUUACUAUGUUGGUUUUAUGCAGAUUGAAUCAUGAGAGACGACCAAACCUCUGUGUUUUUUGUUUGUGUGUGAUAACAGCCAAAGUGUUGCAGGGUCAAAGCAUUUUUCACUAUUGCUGUGAAUCAGGCUUGGAUCCCAGUGGUUUCAGACCAAACUCGGCAGAAAACAAAUCAUGAAUUUGUGCCUUUGUUUACUACAUGGCUUUAUGACUCUCUGUCCAUGAAUGAGCUGUAGACUGCAUGUAUUAGUGUCUGAUCUCUGUUAUUUAAAGUUUGCUUUAAAUCUUUACGUUUUAUUGUUUACCAGUGUUUAGGAUUCACUUGUGAAGAUAACACAUGAUGUUUUAAUGUGGCUUGCUGCCUCCCUUUACCUCAGAAAAAAACUCAUAAUUUAUUUCCAGAAAUUCAACUGUUAUUGUAAAGAUACCUGUGUGAGAAGUGAACAAUUUACAACUGACGGAGGAGAAUGAAAAACCUCGCUUUUAACAGAGAGAAAUGAUAUCUUACUUUGCUGGGUCUUUCUUACAGCUAUUCAUGAGAUGAUGUACAGGUCUAUUUGUAUUUUAUUUUGGGGGCAUGUGGGAGUUUACUUGAAAUUUCAAUAUCCGUUUCUGUACCUUAAAUGUGAAAAUGUAAGUAGGAACCAUAUUUGUUGUGGGCACACGAAGUUCUGGAGGACCUUUCAGAUAAAAAAAAAAAACAAAGGAAAUUGCAUUUUCCUGCAUGUUUCACA